AUGCCAACCCUCCGCGUAGCCAUCCUCGAGUGCGAUACACCACUAGACAAAGUACUCAACAAGUACGGCAGCUACGGCGACAUUUUCACCGCACUCUUGAAACAAGCCGGUCAAGAGUUGACGGAAAGUGGAGAGAAAGCGCAGGUGGAAUGUACAAGUUAUGAUGUCGUCGAUAAGCAAGAGUAUCCCGAGGACUUGGACAAGGUAGAUGCUGUGUUGAUGACAGGAAGCAGUGAGUCUUGUUUUUUUCUGUCUGGUGGUUAUAUCGAGGGGAGAAGAAAUAGAGAAAGAGGUGGAUACAAAGCCGGACCAGACAGCAUCAUGACUGAAGGACACCAAUUUACUGACACCUUUUGCUUUGCCACAGAAUACAAUUCCUUCGACAACAACCCCUGGAUCCUGAAGUUGGUCGACUUUACAAAGAAAGUGCUUGCCUCUGGCUCCCGCAUCCGUGUCUUGGGCAUCUGCUUCGGCCACCAAAUCGUCGGCCGCGCUCUAGGUGCCAAAGUCGCCCGCGGCACCCACGGCUGGGAAGUCAGCGUCACACCUCUGCAACUCACCUCUCAAGGCAAAGAUAUUUUCGGCGUUGAUGCUCUGGUAAGUUUGACACCCUUUCUUGCCUGUGUCUUGCGGGGGGAAACUGACAAAGAGACANNGAGUAUACACCAAAUGCAUCAGGAUAUGGUAUACUCAUACCCAGAAGGCGUGCUUCCAUUGGCACACACAGAUCGCUGUGAGAACCAAGGCAUGUAUGCCAAGGGCCGCUUGAUCACCGUCCAAGGACACCCAGAGUUCAACAGGGAAAUGGUGACGCAUAUUUUGACUGCGAGACAUGAUGCUGGUGUCUUUGGAGAUGAGAUUUAUGAAGAUGGUAUCAAGAGGGUNGGGGAGACCCAUGGUGGCGCUGUGAUUGCAAAGGCGUUUUUGCAGUUCUUGAUGCAAUGA